AAAAAUGUCAUAACCAGUUACGCACACUUGAUCUUCAAUAUUUAAUAUAUAUUAACAAUAAUUUUAAUUAGAACAUAAAAAUAUGAUUAGAUUAGUAGAAUUAAAGAACUCUUGCUUUCCGCAACUCGUCCCAACCAUUGAUAUUUGCGCACCCUGCGAACAGAACUUUGGAGUACUCGAUUUAAGACUAGUCAUCGACGAGACCUAAUCGAGUCCGGUGCGAUCUUAGAAAUGGCAAAUUUAGAAGACAAAUCUUUGUGGGAGGGUGAAAAUUCGGGCGACGCCGUAUUCGAUUGGUCCACCAAGAGGAUCGUAAAAGAAACUCACCAAAUGUUCAAGGAAAUAAAGGCGAUGAAGUCCGAAAUCAUAAAUAUCAGACACGAUCUCGUGGCGUUGAAAGACCUGUUGGAGGAGAACCACGAAAAAAUUAAAUACAACUCGAAAUUACCGCAUUUGGUGGCCCACGUGGUGGAACUGUUGGACCUCGUCGACGAACUACAGGACGGCGUUCAGAUGGGUGACGAUCCUGAGGAAAAAGGUAAAGGUGCCAUUAUAAAAACCUCAACCCGACAGACCUACUUCCUACCCACAAUUGGUCUGGUCGACGAAAAUGAUUUGAAGCCAGGUGACUUGGUCACUGUGAACAAGGACUCGCACCUCAUUAUGGAAAAGUUGGUAAUAGAUUAUGAUCCCAGGGUAAAGUGUAUGGAAGUAGUCGAGAAACCCAUUGUCCAAUACACAGACAUCGGUGGCUUGGAUAAGCAAAUCCAAGAAUUAAUGGAGGCAGUUGUUCUUCCCAUCACCCACAAGGAUAAGUUCAUUAAAAUAGGAAUAAAAGCACCCAAGGGAUGCCUGUUGUAUGGUCCUCCUGGUACUGGCAAAACUUUGUUGGCCAAAGCUUGUGCCGCACAGACAAAUUCAACAUUCUUAAAACUAGCUGGUCCACAAUUGGUCCAAGUUUAUGUUGGUGAAGGAGCCAAGAUUAUUAGAAAUGCGUUUGCUUAUGCAAAAACAAAGGCACCAACUAUUAUUUUCAUUGAUGAAUUGGAUGCUAUUGGCACAAAGAGGUUCACUGGCACAAAGGCAGGAGAUCGUGAAGUACAACGCACUAUGUUGGAAUUGUUAAAUCAGCUAGAUGGAUUCUCUGUUUGUGAAGACGUUAAAGUUAUCGCCGCCACAAAUCGUGUGGAUAUUUUGGAUCCAGCCUUGUUGAGAUCUGGACGUUUGGAUAGGAAAAUUGAAUUUCCACAUCCAACUGAAGAAGGAAGGGCAAGAAUAAUGCAAAUUCAUUCCAGAAAGAUGACAGUGGAGAAAAAUGUUGACUUUAAUGAACUAGCGAGGUCCACCAAUGACUUCAAUGGGGCCCAAUGCAAGGCUGUCUGCAUUGAAGCUGGGAUGUUAGCUUUAAAAAGAAAUGACACUAUUAUUAAACAUCAGGAUUAUAUAGAUGCUGUAAUUGAAGUGAAAGGGAAGAAGAAACAUAAUUUUCAUUAUUUUGCUUAGUAUAAAUAGCGUUUUUUUACGUACCUCAUGUUGAUGUAAAUGCUUUAUAUAUAAGAAUAUUUUUAUUUUUCUAAAGAAAUUUUAAUUUAAUUUUGCUUGUGACAAAAAUGUUUAAUUUUGUUGUUGC